AUGGCCCUGCCCGAUUUUUUGCUUGACCCAAACGUCGUCCUCAAAGAUCAGUCGACAUGGCGAUACAAGACUGCGCCCGACUACACGGCCACCAACGCCAACUUUGAAACAGGCAAAUCGACAUCAUGGGCACCAUCGUCCCUCGAGUUCCUGGUUCAAAAUCUCGUGAAGAACUGGGAGAAAGAAGCUUCGUAUAAGACCGACCCCAAGGAGUGGCGGACUAUCUCACAAGAGAAAUACGCGUUCCACUUGAACGGUGGCCCCGCGCUGGACGCGAACGAUAUGUUGCGACUGGGGACGUACAAUGCCUUGAUCGGGGAGAGCGGCGUCAAGGACGUAUAUGAGACCAAGGAGAUGGACUUUGGGGCGUCGCAUAAGCUGUUCAAGGGCGUGAUGCGGACGUUUAACUGGGAGGUCCUGGAGUUGAUCGGCGCGCCCCCGAAAGUGAGCAUCAAGUGGCGGCAUUGGGGUACCAUGACGGGCAACUAUCGCGCGAAGCUCAGCUCUGGACGCACAGUCAUUGCCAAGGCUAAUCACAAGCUCAUCGAGGUGUUCGGUGUGACGAUGGCUGAAGUUAAUGAGAAGUUUGAAAUCACCAAGUUGGAGACGUUUUGGGAACCAGAGUCGAUGUUCCGCCAGCUUAUUACAGAUGAUAUGAAAAUCCUCGCAGAGGGCGAGACAGUGGAAUCAGUGGUCCCCGUUGAUGAGACUGGGCAAGCACAAGGCGGUGGAUGUCCGGUUGCGCAUUGA